GAUCGUUGGUUUACGUAACCUUCCAAUAACAAAAACAAAAAAUAAAUAAGUCAAUCGUAUUGUUUUUAAGGUGUUGGUUAAUUUUGUUAUUAUUUAGUGUUCGUCUAAUGUUUUUAGUAUUUUUGUUACAAAUUAAAGUAUGAGGGGUCAUAAUUAUUCAUCGCUGUCAGAAGUUUCUAACUUAUUGACAAAAAGUUGUAUUCAUGUAGAAUAUAAAGAUGUCAUUACGGAUCCUAAAGAAUACGAUAUUGAUGAAAACAUGUGCGACUAUGAUGAUUUCGAAGAAGUUUUUGCUGAUCAUUUACUUAUGGGAAAAAGAUUACGAAAAACUCUCUAUGCUGGAAAUUUGAGUGAUUUAGAUGAGCCUCCUGAUCAUCCUCCUAUUGCACUAACAGGUUUGGCAUUAGAAUUGUUUACAAAAGCUGUACCAAACGACGGUCUGGAUAUUUUGGACAUGGACUAUGUUUCUUGUGCCUCAGAAGCUGCCAGAGUAUCACCUUGUGCAAUGAUUGUAGCAAUGAUUUAUUUGGAAAGACUUCAACUGAAAAACUCUGAAUAUUUGGAAAUAGUAUCUCCUUCUGGACUUUUUGUUGUAACAAUGUUGGUUGCAUCUAAAUUUUUGUUUGAAGAUGAAGAUGAUGUAGUGACAAACCAAAUGUGGGCUGAUGCUCUUAAUUUUGACGUUAAGGAACUAAAUAAUUUAGAGAGAGACUUUCUUGCCGCUAUUGAUUGGAAAGUGCUUGUUGAUUCAUCUGAUUACUUCAACUAUUUGUGCAAAAUUGAAAAAAUAAUUGCAACAAGGCAGUCUUCUUUGAGAAAUUGGCUAUCGUAUAGUGAUAUCUGUAGUAUGCUUCAUGAUAAGGCUUUUGAAACUUUUUGGGCACCUUGUUUUAAAAGGAUUAUGAAGGCUAUGGUUUUAUGGACUGUUGGAUAUGUUGCUACAGCUCUGACUCUACAUAAUGCAAGCUUUGCUAUUCAUAAAUUGCUUGAAGGAAAACACGAGCUGAAAAAUCUCUCUGAAAUAAAUUCGACUUCCGAACUUCAGAAUCAUGUUCAAAGUAUUGACAAACCCUUUAAUAAUAAUCUCAUUGAAGGUAGUAACACGGAAUUCUUAAAGCUUCCACUAUCAUUUGAAACUCUUACUGAACAAGAAUCAGAAAAUAUGGAAAUGGUACAAGGCUAUGGAAAUGGAAUUUACACCUAUGAAAUAAAUCACAAUAUGUGUGAUAAGUCAAAUCCUGAGAGAAUAUCUUUUAAGUCUAAUAAGUCAAGGUUACAAAUACUGGAAAAUUUAAAAACGACCUUGACCUCUCAUGCCUUGACUCGUGAGCUAAUACUCGUAAAUGACUCCUAUGGUAAUUGUGGUACUCGCUGUAGACAAAACACUAAUUGUUUUUCUCUUCUUAUGUGAUAUUUUGAAAGCUAACAACAUAAAUGUUACUUUUUAAUAUUAGUUCUGAUUGUUAAAUUUGAUAACAUAUAUAUUUUUCUGUGGAAUUUUAUAACAUUUUUAAUGCAAUAACAUUAGUUUCUUAUGGAUUGUUAUCUUACUAUUAUUGAAGUAAGGAAGAAAAAAGUAAUAAGUUGACAACUUCCUUUUAGAUCAAUUAGAGAUUUUAUUCCUUAUUAUAAACUAGCUAAUUAUUAUAUAAAAAAUUUUUAAUACAUUUAAUAGUUGUGAUAUAAAAUCAAUAAAAGUUAUAAAAAUCUUCCAUGACAGCUUGUGUAUUUUCUACUAAUCACUUCAAUCUCAAGCUGUUUAUUUUAAAUAUAUAAAUUUAAAAAUCUUUUCUUUUUUAUUUAGAAAUUCUAUUGUUGCAUUGUGUAAUGUUGGAUUUUUGUCUUGCAAUAUAAUAUUUUUUACCUUUUCAUAAAAUUGUAAAAAUGGUAUAUUAGUGUUAAAAUGCAGUGUAUGAUUUACCUAUGAGUCAUUUUCAAAAAAAAAAAACUACCUAUCCACAAAAAGCAUAAAAAUUUUAAACUUAUCAGAAGUUAAAAUUUACAAGAUGCAUGUUUCAAAGUUGUUCUUUCAAGGUACAAGUUAUAACUUUAAAGUUUUAUUUGCGAUUUACUAUUUUGUAAGAUUUAACAUUUUUACAAUACAAUUAAUGUGUUUUGUCUUUAUGCAGCUAUCUCUCUGAAACUUCUUUGCUUUUUUUUUCUAUUUUCUCAAGCAAUCAAUAUUUUCCUUCCAUUUUUUUAAUGCUUUAAAGAAAUUUAUUGAAUAUUAUAAAUAAUAUAUCAGCAAUUUCAUUCUAAAAAAUUAGAUAAGCAAAUAAAUAGAAACUAAUACAUGAAAAGCAAAUAAAUACAAUUUCAGCAUGAGUAUUUUACACAAUCAGACAAAACUGUAAUUUACUUGAUGUUUUUACUUAGGUAAUGGUCACUAUAAACAGGGUUCAUUUUUUACUUUAAAAAUGAUUGGGCAUUGGAGACUGAAAAAGACUAUAUACUCAAAGAAAGGGCACCUUUCUGCAAACAAGGAUUAUAUUUCACAAAAAGAAAGAAUGGUUCAUAAUAUUCAAAGCUCUAAAUUUUUUCAUUUAAAAAUUCGUAAUUUUUAAACUUAAAUAAUUGAAACUGAAACAAGACUUAUUAUUUGAUGGAAAUAUACUGAUUUCUAAUAAAAUUUUCACACACUAUAAAUUGGUUUUGAAGUAAUCAAGAUUUUAAUAACCACAUGGAAAAACAUAGCAAUAUUAAUUGAAAAAGCAAGUGAAACACCUCUUGACUUUACCUGAAAUUGAUCAUGUUCGAAAUUUGUUAUGUGCAAUUUUAAAUUCAGUAGUUGUAAUAAUAUUGUAUUUAAAAUAUGGGGUAUUUAAAAACAAUGUUGAUAUGGAUGUAAAAUCAAUAAAGAUUGUUGAAAAAGGAUUGGAGAAGGAAUCUGAAAGUGGUUGCUCAAAUUUGGAAAAACCAUGCGAAAAUAUCCAAAAGAUUAAAUUCAAAUAUGAAAUUUGCCUGUUAUAGUAACAACGUAAUAAAAAUAUCAGAAUUUGAAAAACCGCAUGGUAAUGCUCAAAAUACAGUAAGUAGUUGCCAAAAUCAAAUUAUUAAAAAAAAAACACUUAGAUUCUGGAGGGAAUCAACAGAAAUUAAACUUUUUUUUAAUAUGUAUAAACUUUUUUUAAAUAUCGUAAAAACGUAGGAUCAAAGAGCAUCAUGCGAGCAGAAGUUUUUGUGCAAUGCAAGUGCUCUGUGCAAAUACCAUCAAGAAUAAAUCCUACUGCGAAUAUGAUCUUCUAGAAUUAAUAAUUAUAUAUAGAAAGUAAAGUAAUAUUCAUGAAGACAAUGAAGAUUUUUUACAACUUUCUUACCGAUUCAUUUGUCAAAAGAAAGAUAACUUGUUUUUCUUUCAAAAUCUAGAUAACUUCCUUAAAUUACUUACUCACUCGCAAUAAAGUUCUUGUUGAAUCAUAACCUCACUAAUAAUUCUCUUUUGAAGAUCUGUAAAAUAUCCAAUCUCUGAAUUAAAUGGUUGCAGUAAAAGGCAAAUAAGAUUAUUUGAAAAUUUCCACCCCUAAUACAAUGUGUUUCAGCAGGAAAGAAUAAGGCUUGCUUCUUUAGCAAAUAAUAUAAGUUAAAAGAAAAUGAAGAACUGAUAAAUAUGUGUGAUUUUAGUAACAGAAUAAUCUGCAUUGGUAUUUGAAUGUAUUAAAUUAGUAAAAAGAAAAUUUGCAAUAAUUGUUUAAUACUAACACAUUUUUUUUUUAACUUUCUACCUCAAUUUGUCUUAAAUUGGUUGAUGUAACAAUUUUUGCUGAUAUACAAUACUAUUUUACUGUCUAAUAACAAUUGUUAAAAUUGAGCUUAGCCUGCAAUAUGAUAACUGUACAGGACUGCCAUUUGGGAACUUUUUUUCUAAUGAUAGCUAAAUUUAUAUUUUAAUGUAUGAUUUGUUGUUUUGUAAAUUUGAUUUAAAUUUAUUUUCUCUCCACUACAUUAAAUGAUUCAGAAUUUUAUAAGAAACGUCACUUUGUUCUAGCUCACUCAUUGCGAGGCUUUAAAAAUGCUGGCAAAAUUACCAAAAAUUCUGGAAGCUGUAGUUUUUAAUUGGCUGUUGCUCAAUGAAAUAUUUUUCAUAAAACAUAUUAGUUGGCAACCCUGACUAUCAGUUGUGUGACUAGUUUUAUUAAACAGUUGUAAUAAGUUUUUAACCUGAAAAAGUUACAUUUUUUAGCUCUUGUGCAGAAUAUAAAUUUUUACAUACCCUUUUAUUCCUUCUUUAAGUCUUAGAAAUAUUUGCAUUUUUCAAGCAUGUGAAAUAGCAUGUUUUCCAUAGUAUCAAGCAUGUUUUUUUUUUAUUGUUAUUAAAAUAAAUUAGAUCUGAAAUACCACUGGCAGUGAGCUGGGGUUUUCUGUGGAAAUGACUCAUCAGGGUUUUGUACUAACAUACCAAAAUAAAUUGUAUGAAUCAGCAAUAUCACUCUGAAAAACAAGUUUCCAGUUUUUCUUCUUACAUAACUUCUGUGUUAUUUUUAAUUUCUUGUUUUUAAUUUUCUAAAAAAUAAUGCAUCAGUUUGAAAAAUUAUUUUUUAUAAUUUUCUUUUAUUAACAAUGAAAAAGAACAGUACUAAAAAAAUAACAAAUAAUCAAAAAAAAAGUUUUAGUGCAGACUUGAGUUAAGUAAAGUCAUUUUUUUAACUUUAUUUCUCAUUUUGUUAAAUUAGAAAUUUAUCUAAGGACAACAAAUAAUUUACUUUUCUCAAAAAAAAAUUUGGAGGAAAACUAGACUUAUCAAAAUCAGUAUGUUUUUUAUUAAAAAAGGAAAUCCAUAAAAGUAAAACCUUUCUUCCAAAUUUCAUGAUUUUUAAAUAAAAAAAUCUAACUAUGCACUUGUUGAACUCUAAAAUAUGCCUCUCAUAAAAGUUAAAUAUUACUUGAGUAGAUCUUGUUGUGAUUAUAUUCUACAAAAUAUUAUUAUAGUUUUUUAAAGAAGUAAAAAUGAAAAAGCAUAAAUUGAAUUUAAAAAAAUAUGUUGCAUUAUAGCAAAAAUCACACAUAGUAAUCAGGAUUGCAAUAGACAUUGGAUCAGGAUAAUCACACAUAGUUAUCAGGAUUGCAGGCCGUGAUGAUCUCGAAAAUCAUCACGGCCAGCGAAAAAAAUGGGCAAGGCACCAGGUAGGAUAGACAACUGAGCGAGACCCAGAUUUAAUCUUCUGUAUUUUUUUAUUUCCUCCUUUUUUAAAGUAUCCGUUUUAAAAAAUAUAUUUAUAGGUUAUUUUUUAUUAAUUACAAAUUCUUAGAUUAACUUUUAUUAUGGUUAAAAUUCUCUAUGUAAAAGUUUUACUAAAGAUAGAAAAAGAGUUAACGGCUAAAAAACCACUUGUUUGACAUUGAAUAGAAUGAGUUACAGGGAAGAUCUUUUCUAUAGAGAUUUAUGGUUCAGGAAACCUUGUGGUGUAACUACCAUUAAAUUAAAUCCCUUCAACCUUCCAACAAACUAGCUAAUAUCCAAAAGUUAUUUGUUUGGAACAAUAAUUUAAUAUUACUCUCUGUUCUUUUAAUAAUAUGUUUUAUUUCAAGUAAUUUUUAAUUUAUUUUAAACAGUUAUUUUUAAGAUAGUAUAUUUCAUUAAUAAUUUAUUAACAGUACGCUUGUCACUUCGUCAUGAAAACUGUUAUCAUGGACAAUUUUAGAUACAACUAGGUAAUAAAGUAAGAAUGAAAGGUUACCAGUCAAUGGAUCAGUGAAUAGGUAAAUCAAUACGGGUAAACAGGAUUAAUAAGCAGUGAAUUAGUUUAUGGACGAAUGAUUGAAGGACAUUUUAGUGAAUAGUCAGAUGAAUGAGUUUAUAAAAUAUUUAUAAACCUAUUAAUUGCUUAGUGACAGUUGACGAGAAAAAAAAAUUUAUUUCGAAAAUAAUUUUUAACAAAAUAAUGACACACUGAAUACAAAUUAAUUGAAUCUUAGUGUGGAAAAUUAGUUCUUUAUAUUUUAUUAUUAAAUUUUUGAAAUAAUUAAAAGUAAAAAUUUUAAUUAUUUAUAAUAUAUUCAAUUUUUUCUUAAAUUUGAACAAUUCAUUAAAUAGUUAUCAUUAAACAAUUAUAUUUGUUCAUUUUUGUUUCUUCCCUUUUGUAUAGUUUCUUCAUUUCUUGUCUUGAAAAAAAUAGGUUUUUACCAGACAAAAUGCCAAUCGUUAUUUAUUGUAUUGUAAUUUUAUUGUUUGUGUUCUAUUAUUUUGUACCUUAAAUGAACUGUGGCUGUUGAAAGCUUUCAAGAGACUCAACAUUGUGUGUUAUUUUGGUUUCCUUAUUCAGCUUGUUAUUUUAUUUUUUGUAGCAGAGAAUCUAAGAAAAGUUAGAAGUCAUGACUCCUUUUAAUUACCAUUUCAGUCUUUUUAAGUUGAGAUCAUUUUCAGUUCCUAUUCCACAUUAUUUACAAUGUGGUGUUUGCAUAUAUCUUUUUUUUUUCUAAUUUGGUUUAUGCCCAUUUUCCUGUUUUCAUAGAUUCGCUUCCUUUUUUACUUAUUAUAUUAAUUAAUUUCAGUACAUUUAUUUUAUAUGUAUAACGUACCCAGACAAGAUUCUUCAAGUUUGAAUUAAAAUCUUAAAUUGUAUACAACUCGUAUCUCACACCCAUAUUAUUUAUUCCAUGGAGAAAUGGUCCAAUGGGGAAAAAAUGGCCUGCAAUUUUUCAAAUGUUUACUGUGAGCUGGAUUAAAUUUAGCUCAUUUGUGAAGUUUGUCACAUUCUUAAACUUGUAUUAUGUCUACAGUUAAAAAGACUAUGUAAUCUCAAAAUUUUACUGUUUGCAUGGAUUUUCCAUUUUCUGUUGUUAUAAAUUAAUCCGAAUAUUUUUCUCUUAUUCUAAAAUUCUUCAAUCUGCUUACUAUAUUUUAUAUGUUUCAAUAGUAUAUAAAAAUAACUGUCACAAUUCUAUAACAACCUUUUCCAAAAAAUGUUACACAGAACAAAUUGGUCAAUUUUAGGGUUGCAUGCGUUCCAGGAGUAAGGACUUGUUUUCGAGUGGAUCUAUUAUAUUUCAGACCAUAAUCAAGAUGUAUAUUAAUUAGUACAAUGAAAGGUAGUGUUGCAUUUGCAAUACAACUUAAUGCAAUAUUUUUGCAAUACAACUUAAAAUAAUACUUUUGCAAUACAACUUAAUGUAAUACUCUUGCAAUACAACUUAAUGUAAUAUUUUUGCAAUACAACUUGUAAAGACAGAUAUCGCUAGAAUGCCGAUUCAGUUUGUUUUCAGGGCAGAAUCAAAAUAGACUACUGUGGUGGUAGCCUAAACUCUCAAAUUUUUAGGGCUUCACAAAGGGUUUCUGAAAAUUAUCAAAGUAAAAUUGAUUUUUGUAAUUUUUUAGACAUUUUCAAUGCGUAAUGUUUUACUAUCUUUUUUUUAAUGUAUUAAAAUGUAUUUCGAGUAUAAAUUUCAGAAAACGAAAUAAUGUUUUGCCUUGUAAUCUUAUAAAAACUAAAGAUUUAAAGAAGGAAGAUCUGUUGGUGAAAAACUUCACCCCUGCACUCUUACCCAACUUCCUAAUUUGAUCGAUUAUCUUUCGUGCAAGGGCUUGAUUUUUCCAACUAUCUAAUUUUAUGUUCUGUUAAACAAUUAAAAUUUAUUGGGGUGCUUUGUUGGCAAAAUAUAAAAAAUUUAGUAAAAAGGUAAAUUUUAAUUUUUUUUUUCGAUUGUAAAUAUAGAAGUCUAACAGUAUUUUACUUUUUUUUGCAUUACUAUUUUUGUAAAAAAAAAUAAAAAUUUCAAAAAACUUUAUCUUUUUGAAUCUCGGUAAAAUCACGCUAUCUUGAAAUUGAAUUUCAUAAAAGUUUUCAAUAUUACAAAUGUAUGGACCCAAGUAACGCAUCUGCCUCCAGGUCCCAUCCUACCUUAAUCCAACUCUGCUAGUUUUUGAGAAAAGCCUGUAGGGAAAGAAAAAGAAAAAAAAAAUUUUUUUUUUUUUGCUGCACGCUUUUGAACACAAUCUCAACUCGGGAAGAAAUGUUUGAAACUUGUUGAUACUUACAUGACUGAACAUGUUGAUUGGGGAAAAAAAUUUAUUACAUAUGCAGCUAUAUUAGCGGCAGCUAUGAAUAAAAAAUCUUGACCCCAGAGUGCAACCCAAAUCUUUGGGUUUUACUUAGCCAUGCCCUUGUUUACAUAGAACUUAAUUGAAGAUUAUUAUUCAUAAAGCAUGUAGUCUCAUUCCCUACAAUAAAUAUUUUCAAAAUAAUUAAUAUUUUCUCUUUGGUUUAUGUGUUCAAAAUUUUUUAUGUAACAAUUGCUUUGGUUUAUGUGGCUCUUUAUGCAAUAAGUGCUUUAUAUUUUUACAGUACUUUAUGAAAUUAUUUAAUAAAUCAAUGUUCCACGAAAUAAGGAUCAAUCAUUUAGACUUUCAUAGCGAAAAGAAAUUGGGAAUUUCUGGUCUAUAACACUUACAACGAAUAUCAUAUAACUGCAGUUAACUUGUAUUAUUACAUAAGAUAAAUUCUGAAUUUUGAUGAAAUUAUGAGUUGUAUGAAACUGCUGUAUUUAUCUUUAAAUGUUUGUUUUGAAAUUAUGAAAAUAUCAUUAAAAUAAUUAGUUCUGCUAAUA